CAACGGUAAGAAAGUUGGGGUAAACCAACAAACGAGAGGGAUUCUAUUGUUGUCAACAGGUUGUUGUCCCGCCUUUUUGCCAAGCUUGAUCGACUACAGGGUGCAAACAGGAAUAAGCCAAGUUGGCGAAGCCAAAAGCAUUAACGGCGAAGAGCCCAUACUAUUACUUUGCGUUUCAGGCCGUCGUGGAUAAGACAAAAAAAAGGGGAAGAAGGGUUUAAAGGACCUCCCGACAGAACGUCCGCUUUGUAGUACAUAUCAUCGUGAUUCGUAAAUCAUAUAUGACGUCAUAACCGAUCAUUCUCCCACCCAAUCGCAACGUCCACGGCUCGAGCAAAUGAGUAGCAGCACAGCGAGUACCGCGUCGUUCUUCUCGUUUGGUCCAAACGAUAGCUUUGUAUCUAAAAGCGCGGCGGGACUACAGUAUCUCCAAGACCAGCUCCUCAGCAGAGCAGUAUCAGAAGUCCACUGGGCGGUCCUCGGGCCCUCGCAAGAAUCCUGGGUGCUCAGCUCCAAAGACAGCGCAGGCAAGAGUAGUUUGAAAUGGGGUUCCGCAGUGCCUUCUCGGCUGCAGGCCGUGCUCAAUAAAACAUGGCAUUCGCCGCAUCUCCGUGCGUUCCUCGGCCCAGAUGACGGGUUCCUCGUGUGGCACCCUGACCUCAUCCGCUGGGGCAAUCUGCCUACGGCCCUCGAAGAUGCAUUGCAGUCGUGGCUGACGCCGUCGGGAUGGCGCGUGGGACCCCCGCGGAUGGUGACGUGGGGACCUGACGGCGCGUUUUUCGCAAUGAGCGAGUACGGAGAUGUGGUGUUCAAGCUAGGUGAAGGCGAUGCGUGGGAGAUUUACAAAGAGACAGUUGAGGAAUGGAAGGCGGAAAAGGGGUUUCAGUGGAAUCAGCUAUCAUACAUUGCUCUUGAUCCUUCGAGUGCGGACCAGUUUAUCGCGGUGAGGAAAGAUGGCACGUGGGCGGGUUCGAUUGACGAUGUCAAUGAAGAUGCGCUUGAGGGAUUUGCGCUGAAUUUCUUUGCCAAGACGAAAAGUAAGCAUAAGGCUAAACAGAGUACGUCGCAGCCUGGCAGUGGCCAGCCGCAGAAUGGGACGGCAGAGUCGGAGGAAAAGAAGAAGGAGGCCGCGACUAAGGCACUGUAUGAGAAGUGGUCGGUCGAGACGGAGAGCAUGUUUGCGGCGGCGGCUGCGGCGGCGGCGGGCCCGAAACAGAAAACUCCAAGGAAGAUUCAGGUUCGUUCGCAGUCGACUAGCUCGGAUACGCCGCCGCCGUUGCAUCGGUUACCUUCUUCUUCGCCGAAGCUUUUCACGAUGUUUCCGUAUCUGCCAGGUACUCUCACUACGUGUGCGUUGCCAGCGUGCAAGAUGCUCAAGCUGGAAGAGAAUAGCAUACACGCCUGUCAUCAUGAUGUGGAGAAGUUGCUUCGUGCAAGUGGGCUGUAUAGUUAUGAGUGGUUGCGUCAAGAGCGAUUACGAUGGCAUCCUGAUCGGUUUGGGAGACUGUGUGCGGAGGAGUGGAGAGAGACGGGAAAGAAGCUUGCGGGCGAGAUGUUUAAGCUUAUGAGCGUUUUGAUGGAGGAUCUCAAGGGAGAUGCGGGGCAAGGGGGUAGUAGAGGUUCGUAGAUGUAUGAAGGAAUCACAGUC